CAGGGCCGCUGGAGGGGAUGGACUAUUCCUAUGAUGAGGACCUGGACGAGCUCUGUCCGGUCUGCGGGGACAAGGUCUCCGGGUACCACUACGGGCUGCUCACCUGCGAGAGCUGCAAGGGCUUCUUCAAGCGGACGGUGCAGAACAACAAGCACUACACCUGCACCGAGAGCCAGAACUGCAAGAUCGACAAGACCCAGCGCAAGCGCUGCCCCUACUGCCGCUUCCAGAAGUGCCUGACCGUGGGGAUGCGCCUGGAAGCCGUGCGUGCCGACCGGAUGCGCGGAGGGAGGAACAAGUUUGGACCCAUGUACAAGAGGGACCGUGCCUUAAAGCAGCAGAAGAAAGCUCUGAUCCGUGCCAAUGGCUUCAAGCUGGAGACUGUGCCUCAGAUCAUGUCCCCGGUGCAGAAUGACUACAGCCUGUCCUCCACCAUCCACAGCAUCCACGCCAUGGCCAAGACCUUGCCGCCCAACCCUGCUGCCCUGACGCCCGUCGACUACGAGCGCAGCCCCUACGGGACACCCUCCCUGGGAAUGACUGUGCCCAGCCACGUGCCGCUCGCCAGCUACCACUACCCCUCCUUCCCCAACCGCACCAUCAAGUCCGAGUACCCAGACCACUACACAAACGUGCACGAAUCCGUGCCCGCCUACAUGUACCCAGAGACCUACCCCAGUAGCUCGCCCCCUGACAUCCCUGAGGUCAUCCUGAAGCUGCUGCAGCUGGAGCCUGACGAGGCGCAGGUGAAGGCGCGGAUACUGGCCUGUCUGCAGCAAGAGCAAGGCAAAGGCCGGCAUGAGAAGCUCAGCACCUUUGGCCUCAUGUGCAAGAUGGCUGACCAGACCCUCUUUGCCAUCGUGGAGUGGGCACGGAGCUGCAUCUUCUUCAAGGAACUGGAGGUGGGCGACCAGAUGAAGCUGCUGCAAAACUGUUGGAGUGAGCUGCUGGUGUUCGACCAUGUCUACCGGCAGCUGCAGCACGGCAAGGACCACAGCGUGCUGCUCGUCACCGGCCAGGAGGUGGACAUGUCGACCAUCACGGCCCAGGCCGGCUCCAUCCUGAACACGCUGGUGCUGCGCGCGCAGGAGCUGGUCCUGCACUUGCACUCACUCCAGGUGGACCGGCAGGAGUUCGUCUGCCUCAAGUUCCUCAUCCUCUUCAGCCUCGAUGUGAAGUACCUGGAGAACCACACGCUGGCUAAGGACGCUCAGGAGAAGGCCAACGCGGCCCUGCUGGAGUACACGCUCUGCCACUACCCCCACUCUGCCGACAAGUUUCGGCAGCUGCUGCUGCGGCUGGCGGAGGUCCGGGCGCUGAGCAUGCAGGCAGAGGAGUACCUGUACCACAAGCACCUGAGCGGGGAGGUGCCCUGCAACAACCUCCUCAUCGAGAUGCUGCACGCCAAGCGGACGUAAGUGCGGUGACCAGCAGAGACCCGGCGCAGCCCCAGCGCUGCCAGCGGCACAGGAUGCGUGCCUGGGGCUGGGGGGCCAUGCCACCUCUCCACCCCACCCUUCUCAAUGAUGCUAUUUAACCUGUACUAUUGGAAAAGUCCCAGAUGGUUUAUUUUAAUAUGCAGUAAGGACAGUUGAGGG